CUCGGGCCACAAUUUGUUGCGGAGGCAUUGGCACCCGAUAAUCCUCCUCUUAAGAUAAGAUUCAUUGACAAUACGGACCCAGCUGGAAUUGAUCAUCAAAUAGCACAGCUCGGAAGUGAGCUGGCGACUACACUAGUCAUAGUGGUUUCGAAGAGUGGAGGUACCCCCGAAACAAGAAACGGCUUGCUUGAAGUUCAGAAGGCCUUCCGUGAAGCUGACCUGGAUUUUUCAAAACAGGGUGUUGCAAUCACACAAGAGAAUUCAUUACUUGAUAACACAGCACGUAUCGAGGGCUGGUUAGCUAGAUUUUCUAUGUUUGAUUGGGUGGGUGGCCGAACGUCUGAGAUGUCUGCUGUUGGUUUACUUGCAGCUGCACUUCAGGGAAUUGACAUUAAAGAAAUGCUUGCUGGUACUGCAUUGAUGGAUGAAGCCAACAGGACAACACUUGUAAGAGAUAAUCCAGCAGCCUUGCUCGCUAUGUGUUGGUAUUGGGCGACUGAUGGAGUGGGAUCCAAGGAUAUGGUUGUCCUUCCAUAUAAGGACAGCCUAUUAUUGUUUAGUCGUUAUUUGCAGCAGCUAGUCAUGGAAUCCCUUGGAAAAGAGUUUGAUCUGGAUGGUAAU